CAGUGAGAGGGGGGGGGGGAAGAGAAGAAGAGGAAAAUAAAAGACAAGAUCAGAGGUGAAGGGAGGAGAGGAGAGUGGUGACUUGUGGACCAAAGAGGCAGGGAAAUAAAGACUCUGCAGCAAAGACAGAAAGACAGAAAGGGACAAAGGACAGCGUCACAGUGUAGAAACAGGAGCAACCACGGACUGAGGCACAGCUGGAACCACAGAGAAAGAUGCACUCCUUCCUGCUGCUCGGCUGUUUUGUCCUCGCCACCACAGAGUACUUUCUCGGCUCUGCCCACAUGAUCCCCGACGAGAGACUCUCCACCAAUAAGGUCGUUGUAUCGAACAUCGUGUCUCAAAGCCUCGACAUCGGCCCCCCCCCUGUCGUUAUCGUGGAGUUACCCAAAUCAGCAAAGAGCAAGAGAGCAAAGAAACAAAAAAAGAAAAAGUUUGCGAAGCGGCCGCCUCCUCCCGCUAACUGCAUUCCCUUGUGGGGAAGCUGUAAAUCCCCCAGCAAUGUGUGCUGUGAUUUCUGUGCCUUCUGCCAGUGUCGGCUCUUCAGAACUGUGUGUUUCUGUCGAAUGGGCAACCCCCGCUGCUGAUUGGCCACGUGCUGCCCGACCCAGCUCCAAGCUUACAGAGCAGAGCUUCAUGCUAAAGCAGGCUACGUGAAGUGAGGGGAAUCGCGUCUUGGUUUGGUCCAGGAUUCGUAGAUCUGCCUUACGUCUACUGCAUGAAAGCACUUUAUCAGAGAGGACUGCACCACAGUGAACGUUCCCAAAUCUCCUACAGGGUGUAACGCCUGUAGCACUGCUAUGAAACUCAUCAAUAAAAACUUUUUUAUGUUACUUUGAGCUUUUAGAGCAUGCAUAGAUAGAAUAUAUGCUCAAACCAUUUUGUAUAUUGCUUUAUUUUUACACAGAAAUACACGAACGUGCAUUAUCAUUACAUUUUAAGAACCUUUGUAAGAAUAAAGUCCUGUACGACGUUUUCAAUGACAGUGUUCUUUGUCUUAUUCAGCCCUCAAGGCAAAUCCUAUUGGAUGUUUGCUGAAAUUUCCAACCGACAUGUUU